CAUGUAUACGGUAUGUAUUGACUCACGAUUUGCAUGAUCUAAUUUAUGUCAAGUGGAGAACCAGCGUUUCAGCUUUUCGUAUUCGUCGUCGUUUGUUUGGACCUCGAUACCGGCUAGUCGCCAAUGCUUGGAUUGAUUCAAGUAACAGCUUACUUUGAAUUCGUCAACGCAUCAUCUACAAUCCAAGGGAAUUGGCCUUCCGUUGUGGAUAGGUUUGUGGAGGUGGAGGUUGCGAGUGGGGUGCAUCGGGCUGUUUCCAUUGGGUGGGUACAACCGUAUGCGUCAUAUGUAUAGACCGGCUCUCUCCGAAUGACGAUAUUAGCAUGAGAUUUUCAAGAUUUGGAAAAUUACGCUCUCGCUU